GAUAGCAGGACGAAACAAGGCUGAGGAACAUCAUCUGACCGGUUACCUGUUUUUGAUGCUAGCGAGGUUUUUGUCACAGAAUUAGGAAAAGACAUUUUUCAGAGCUGCUGAGUAUAAACGGGUAAAAGCGAUUGACCAGUUUGUAGAGGAAGGCUGGACUGAUUGAUCAGAGGAUGUGGAUCUACUGGAGCAUCCUGUGUGUAUCUCUGGUUUGUGGUCUGGCUCUGGACUCAAACACCAUCAGAUCUUCCAAAGAGGCAACACUGCAGAGCUCUGGGCAGCUGAGGAGGGCCUGCAGUAACAGAGCAGAGAGAAGAAGCUCCAACACUGACAGACAGAUGGACCGACAACAAGCCAAAGACAGAAUUACCAACAGCUUCAACCAAACCAAAGGUCCAGAGAUGUCCAGCUGCGUUCGCUCUGGUGACUGUGCUGCUGGGCUCUGCUGCGCCCGGUACCUGACCGGGAAAAGGUGCCAGAGGAUCCCACUUGAGGGCGAGGCCUGUCUCCUACGGGGCACCACCAAGCUUCGCAGGAACCUGGGCCGCUGCAACUGCUCUUCCGGAUUAACCUGUGCUGCAGUUGGUGGGGCAGAUCAGGGUAAGAACAAAAGGCAGGGAGUGUGCUUGAUCCGGACCAGACAGGCCCAGAGGAAGACGAGACACUCUGGGAAGAAGAAGAAGAGAACGGCUGAGCGGAGCUGCUGAAAGAACCCAGAGACUGAAGGAUUUAAUGAGGACCCUGGGAGUGGGUCCAAAACAAGGCCCGGGUCUCCUCACUGGGCCCUCUAGUCAACCUUACAGACACUUCCUACUUUAUUUAGGGAAAACAACCUGAUAAAUGUUCAUGUGGGCGGCUGCAGGCCUGGAUGCAUCUUCCUCUGGGUGGAAAAAUACACAAACAGGAUCAGAACACUGAAUGGACUGGACCUGAUUAUUCUAGAUUGAAUGGAGAAUAGUGAAACAUUCCUUCUAUUUCCAGUUAGUUUUGCAUUAAUGAGGGAUAGAAAGUUGUAUCAUUGAAUGUUACUGUCGUGUUUUAGAUAUGAGUACACAUCAAACAGACAUAUUUAAGCUGAGUGGUUCCGAUAAGUUAUAUAAUAAAACGUUAUAGCGAUCUGCCGAAUGCAUGAGUGUGUGUACCAAAUGGGGUUGGUGGGGUAGUGGGGUUGGCUGAAGGGGUGCAGAAAGAGAGACUCAUCAUCACUGCUUUACACAGCGUUCAUACAAUAUCAGUUAUUAAUCACAGCAGCCUUUUGAGCACAAAGCAUUCACCUAGUUGGGGUUUAAGAUCAAUUUUUUCACCAUAAAUUACAAAAACGGGUUGUGCUCUCAAAAACCGACAUUACUACAUGCUCUCUGCCACUAUCCGCCUGUCUGUGGCUUUUUUCUAAAAGUAUGUGAAGAACUAUUAUCAUGCCUUUAAUAUACAGUCCCAGUGCGCCCCUCACUUUCCCUUCUUGUUGACAUCUCAAAAGUGCAUUUGGAAG